AUGCCCAAAGAAGUCAACUCAGGGCAAGAUGCCUCCAAAACAAAACACAAUACUUCCAAAAAUGAAACAAAUGGUAGCACUGUGCCUGCCGGUGUACCAAAUGGAAAUGACGCUGGCGUCGGAUCUGUGGCCGGAGUGCAAAAUGCCACCGAUGAAAGUUCGGAAUUGAGCGAUUUGGGUGACGAUUCCGAGGCUGAAACCGACCAGAUGGACUUUUUGGAGGACGGCGAUGACCUGAAUAAGAAGCUGGAUCUCCGGGCACUUUCGGAUUUGACGCAAUUGGCACGGUUACAGGGAGUAGAUUCCGACGAAGAAGACGUGAAAAAGUUGGAAGAGCCGCAUCUGGGCGACGAGCAAGCGCUCUCGUUGAACCCCAAGGACAACGAGGAAGCCAACCGUGAGAUAAUGAAGGAUAUAGAUGCGAUUCACGAGGAAUUGGGACAACCGACCCCGCUGUUGCGUCCGGAAAGUAAGGUCGAAAGCCUGUCGGAAAGUACCGAAAGCCGGCCAGAGCCGGCCAAAAAGAGAAAGGUUUCCGACGAAGAACGCUCCAGAAAGAAGCAGAAGUCUGAGGUGGAGCCCGAUGUGAAGAAUGAGGAAAGUGAGAAUGUGGACGAGGAAACUGACCAAAUCGACUCUAAGGUUAAGCCUGAAGAUGAACCUUUGGAUUCAGUUGUUCACGAAACGGUUGAGGAAACCGCAGAGGAAGCGGAGGCGGAAGCGGAGGACGACGAGGGAGACGAAGAAGAAGCGGAUGAAGCCGACGAGCCUGGGGCUCGAGCUGAAGAAGCUAAUAGCGACGAAGAAGGAGCAGAAGAUGAAGAAGAAGAUGAAGAAGAAGACGCCGAUAUGAGUGAAAAACGCCAAGCUGCGGUUGCUGAGCUCAUUGAAAUCGAAAAAGCAUUUGCGUCACUUCGAGACAAAAUGUACCAUGAUAAACUCAAUCUUUUAGAGCAUGAACUCCAACUAUGUGUUGAAGGUUCACAUCCCGAACUUUCCAAAAUCUACUACAAGAUCAACGCUUUCCACCAAGAUGCCCUCCGCCAAGCAAACUCCAACCUUUCGUACCGUCUCAAAUGCAUCGACCGAGAAACCGUCGCAUGUCGAACCGCAGUUCACCAAAACUUUCUCAAGCAGGUUUACGACAGCAAAAGCGAAAUGAUCACCAACACAACCUCCAUGUGGUACAAAAUCAACCGCGAGCGCAACCAGUUGGACCAGCUAGUUCCAGAUUACAGUUAUAGUGCCAGUGGAGGUGCUUUUGUAUCCAACGAUGGAAAUGACGAUGGUUCAACGGCACUUCCUCAAAGCGUGCUUUAUGAGCUUGUGAGCCAGCGAAAUGCCAUAAAUCACCAGUUGGGUAUUCUUAAUGGGUUGGUUGAAUUUUCUGGAAUUCCAGCAGCAGUGGGGUCCAGUUUGGGUGAUGAGCAACAGGUUCCUGAACUUUUGCUUCGGAAGGCCAGUGAGGAAGAAAUUGCUGAUGAUUUGCGAGCAAUGGGUGUUAUGUCGUAG